AUGGAGUCACCGUCGGAGGAGAAAAGGACCCAUGUCUUCACUAUAGACUCAAAUGAAACUGUCUUGACUGCAUUUCCCUAACAUCAUGAGUAUGGCUGCAACAUCCACAUACUCACUCUCCUAACAGGGGAGCCAAAAGUUUUGGGGGCUAUCGAGAUUCUUCUUUCUCUGAUCAUCAUGGGACUUGGCGUUAUACUAGUAUUUAAUUACCUCUUUUACUCCAAAAACUUUCCCCUCAUGAUCCUCACAGGAUAUCCAUUCUGGGGAGCAUUCAUUUUUCUUCUCACAGGAUUUGUCACAAUAUUCAAUGACAAAUCAAAACAAAUUCUGGGACAAGGAGUCGUGAGCAUGAAUACCAUCAGUAUCCUGGCUGCCUUGGCUGGGACUGCUUUGAUCCUUAUCAGCUUUACACAACAACACAAAUUCUGCCAGAUGCCAUCCCUUGAAGGAACAUGUGUCAUAGGUAGAACACUUCUCCUUGGAAUUUUGUCAGUCUUACUAAUUGUCACCAUAGCAGAGCUCAGCAUCUCUGUGACUAUUGUAUUCUUUAGGAGCAAGUGCUGGACAAGUUCAAAUAAGGCUGUGUUUUUCUUUCCUUCGGAUAUUCAUCCAUACACUGAACAGCCUGCCCCAGAAGAUAAUGCUCAGUUACAAUUUGAGCUUCAAGGAAAAUCUCCCUUGGAUGAUACAACUUCAAGCAUGCAAGCCAUUUUCUUAGGAGGUUAUGCUUUCUUCAAGUUAAGAGUCUCAAGAAGUCCUUUAUUUCCUCCAAAUAUCCCACAGACAAGUAGUAAAGGUACAUCUUCUAUACACAUUCCAGAUGAAGAAGAGUGUAUUCAUCCACUUUUCAAAUCUGCAAGGGAAGAGACUGAGCUGUACCCUUUACCUCCCAUAGUAGAGCCAAGGUCUUCAGAAAAUAUUCUUACUCAGCAAAAUUCUAGAACGAAUCAGCUGAAGGAUAAGGACCUGGAAUCUGCUAUAUGGCAAACCUCUAAAAUGAAUGCCAAAUCACUUGAAGAUGAAAUCAUUUCAAUCCAACUUCUUAAAAGGCCAUCUUCACAUAAUCUGGCUUUGUUACCUGAUGAUUUAUCAUCCCAAACUCUAAUAGAAGCCCUGUCAACACAGGUCUUGCAGUCUAAACCCCCAUCAUCUUAUAUUUUAGAGUCUUUUGAUCUGACAAAUGAAGAUUUCCUCUCUCAAGAAAUAUCAUCUAAAGAAACUCCAUCCCAAGACAUACUAACUCAAGACAAAGUACCCCAAGAUACACCAUACCAAGACUCACUAACUCAAGAGGUACCGUCCCAAGAUACUCCAUCCCAAGACACACCAUACCAAGAAUCACCAUCUCAAGAUACUCCAUCCCAAGAUAUACCAUACCAAGACUCAUUAACUCAAGAGGUACCAUCCCAAGAAUUUCAAAUACAAAACACUCAACUUCAAAGUGAGCAAUCUUCAGAAAUAAUUUAUCAAGACAUCCAAACAGAAGUAAUGGAACUGACCCAAGAAUGGAAAGCUACUGAAGGCAAGAAAUCCUCGAGAAGAUUUUCCUUAGACCUGCAAGUCAAACAUGGGCAGUUCCCUCCAAAGAGACAUUCCUUAGACCUGCAACGCAAAGGUGAGCAGUUCCCAAGGAGAUAUUUCUUAGACAUACAAAGGAAAACUUCAAGACAGAAAUCUAUAGAUCAGCAAAUCAAAGGCUGGCUAGCCCCAAAGAAGCACACCACCACCCAGACACAAGAUGUAUAUACUCAAACCUCAGAGCAGUUCCCAUAUCAGCAAGAUAAAGAUCAGGAAGUCAAAGAGAAGGAGGUCCCAAUACAACAAUCCCAAGUUAGGUAAAAUGAAGACAAAAAAGCCAUUGAAGAAAAAUCUCCAGAGGAAGAGCCCAAAGAUCAGGAGGCUGACAAGGAGCAGCCCCCAGAGCGACGAGCUCAAGCUGGACUAGUUGAAGAGUGGCAGACCCAAGAGGAGAAAUCCCCAAAGACCCAGUCCCCAAACUGGCGAGUGGAAAGACAACCAGUGUUAGUAAUGAGAACUCCAAAGAAACUCUGUCAGGAUUGGGACUUCCAAAGCAAGGGAUACCAAGGCCUUCAAUCCCCAGAAAAGUCAUGUUCAUACUAG